CCCAGGUGACCCGGCAGAUCCAGGAGCACGAGCAGGACUCGGCGCUGCGGGAGCAGAUGAGCGGCUACAAGCGCAUGCGGCGCCAGCACCAGAAGCAGCUCAUGGCGCUGGAGAACAAGCUGAAGGCGGAGCUGGACGAGCACCAGCUGCGCCUCGACAAGGAGCUGGAGGCCCAUCGCAGCAGCUUCAGCGCCGAGGCCGAGAAGCUGGCCAAGAAGCACCAGGCCAUCUUCGAGAAGGAGGCCAAGGCGGCGCUGGCCGAGGAGAAGAAGUUCCAGCAGCACAUCCUGGGCCAGCAGAAGAAGGAGCUCAGCGGCCUGCUGGAAUCCCAGAAACGCCAGUACAAGCUGCGCAAGGAACAGCUCAAGGAGGAGCUGCAGGAGAACCAGAGCACCCCGAAGCGGGAGAAGCAGGAGUGGCUGCUGCGGCAGAAGGAGAACAUGCAGCACUACCAGGCCGAGGAGGAGGCCAACCUGCUGCGGCGGCAGCGCCAGUACCUGGAGCUCCAGUGCCGCCAGUACAAGCGCAAGAUGCUGCUGGCCCGCCACAACCUGGACCAGGACCUGCUGCGCGAGGACCUGAACAAGAAGCAGACGCAGAAGGACCUGGAAUGCGCCAUGCUGCUGCGGCAGCACGAGUCGACGCAGGAGCUGGAGUUCCGGCACCUGCACACCGUGCAGCGCACCCGCACCGAGCUCACCCGCCUGCAGCACCAGACCGAGCUCAGCAACCAGCUGGAGUACAACAAGCGCCGCGAGCAGGAGCUGCGCCAGAAGCACGCCAUGGAGGUCCGCCAGCAGCCCAAGAGCCUCAAAGUAGGUGCCGCCCGGGUGCCCCGCCCGCGCAGCCUGGGGGGCCCGCAGCCGGACGGACAGGAGGCCGGGCUUCUAGAGCCGGACGGACAGGAGGCCUGGGCUCUAGAGCCGGCCCUGGGGGGCCUCGAGCCGGACGGGCAGGAUAGCUGGGGUUUAGAGCCAGACGGCGAGGAGGCAGGAGUUCUAGAGCCAGACGGUGCGGAGGCCAUGGCUCUAGACCAGGAGAACCUGGGGGUUCUAGAGCCAGAUGAAGAUGAUGUGGUUCUAGAGCGGGAGAGCCUGGGGGCUCUGGAGCCAGACGGCAAGGAGGCUGAGGUUCUAGAGCGGGAGAGCCUGGGGCUUCUCGAGCCAGGCCUCAUGGCCCUGGGGGUUCUCAAGCCGGAUGGCCAGGAGGCUGAUGUUCUAGACCUGGAAGCUCUGGAACCGGACGGGCAGGAGGCAUCCCUAGAUGCUGUCCUGGGGGUGCUAGAGCCAUCCGCCCCCUGCCAUCUCCCCGGUGUGCUGCCCCUGAUCCCAGAGGAGGGGGAGGGGCUGCGGGGCCCAGCCGACGGCUGCCCUGCCCCCGAGGACCCCUAUGCGGAGCCGCGGCGUGGCCGGGAGGAGGGGGCCAGGCCGGCGCCAACCCCCCUGGCCCCCCUGCUGCCCCACGCCGUGUGCGCGGGGCUGGCACUGCUGGUGGCCGCCUACCCCAGCGGGCCGGCGCUGCUGCUGCUGCUGGCGGCGCUGUGGGCCCAGGGCUCGGGCGGCGGGGCCCAGGCGGUGCUGCUGGCUCUGGAGGGGGCGCUGGUGGGGCUGGGCGUCUCCUACGCCCUGCUCCACUCGCUCUUCCUGCUCUCGGGUGCCUCCUUCCUGGCCCUGGCCAAGGGCGCGGGGGCGCUGGGCGUGCUGGGUCUGAGCGCCAGCCGGGGCCGGCUCUACGUGCCCGUUAUCCUGCUGGCCUCCCACCUGCUGGCCUCGCCCUGGCUCUUCCUCCCGCUCUACCUGCUGAUGGCGCUGGCCCGGGGCGCCCUGCGGGGGCUGCCCUGCCGCGCCCGGCGCCUCUGGCUGCGCGUCCUGCUGGGCCUGCCCCUGCCCGCCUUCCGCGCCCUGCAGGGCCUGGGGCUGGUCACCGAGGGCGGCCUCUUCCGCCUCUUCCCCAAGACCAACAAGGGCAACUUCCGCAGCCGGCUGCCCGUGCCCGCCCCCCGCCCCGCCCGCCUGCCCGCCCCGCCCGCCUGGCCCCGCCGCGCCCUGGCCCUGCUGGCCCGCCCCGUGCGUGCCCUCAACCGCCGCCUGCUGCAGCUGGCGCGGGAGGUGAGCGCCCGACUGCCCCCAGCCGCCCUGCACCACCUCAAGGGCCUGCGGGUGCUGCGGGAGGAGCGGCACAGCCGCAUCCCCCGGCUGGCGGGCAGGGGGCGCCGCAGGGCUGGCCCCAUGGCCCGGGGGAGCCGGGCUGCCUCCGGGGGGGCACGCCGCAGCGCCCCUGGGGACCCCCGCGCAGCCCGGCGGCCCUGGAGGUGAGGGCACCAGUCCCUCCACACCUGUUCUGGGCUUGGGAACCAGCCAUGUCCCCGUGCCGCCCAGUGAUUGGCUGGGGUGAGCCACAGACCUGCGACAGUGUGAACAGGCCGUGCCCCUCUUUCUGGUUGGGUGUGGGGGCCGUGAGGGGGGGGUCUCCAUCUGAAUGCGGGGGUGGGGCAGCUCGGGCCUCUCCAAAACCCACAGCAGGAGGUCCUGUGCUACUGGGCUUCUCCGGGCAUCCCAUGCCAGAGCACCCCUAUGGCCCAGCAGGGGGAGAUGUGACCCCGAAGGCAGGUGACCCCAUGGCACAGCGGGGGGAGGACGUGACCCCCCCAUAUCCCAGCCGGGGGAGAUGUGACCCCGAAGGCAGGCUACCCCCCCCAUGUCCCAGCGGGGGCAAUGUGACCUCGAAGGCAGGCGACCACCAUGGCCCAGCUUGGGGGAUGUGACCCCAGUAUCUUGGGGGGCUGUGGUUUGCCAAGGGGACUGAACCCCACUCUGGUUGCUGUGUGUAGGGGGGCAGCGCUGGGGGGUACAGCUGCAGUGUCUGCACCAGAGGAAAGAAUCACCUACUCCUGCCCCACAGGAGCCGGGGGGGUGCAGUGGGGAGGCCCUGGAGGGACGGGCAGCAGUUGGGUGGUUGCAGGGGGAACUGCGGGGGAUGUGACCCUUUCACUGAGGGGUGCUGCUAUCGGGGCCAGCGGCUUGUCUGUCUCUGAGCCGGGGGCCCCAGCCCCCCACAAACGCUAUCCAACCCCCUGGGGGAGGGGCUCCAUUCUCAGCUAGUCUCAGGCCCCACAACACUAUCCGCCCCCUCAGAAAUGGGGGGGGCUCCCAUCCGGCCGCAGGCGCCGGGGGAAGGUGCGUUUCUGCUCCCAGCUCCGAGGGGCGGCCCCAGGUGAUUCUUUCCCCGGUGACGGCUUUGAUUUCAUUUCCCAUCUCUGUAACCCCCACUCCCCUUGGGGAGACGGGAACGUAUUUAUUUGCAGAUGCCUUUACGUUUUGUGUGUGUACAUUUUUUUUUUAUGUAAGUGAUCAAACAUAUUAUUUUUUGUUUGUUUUGGGCUAAAUCUGUGAUAUUUCUUUUUUUAUUUGACUGAAAACAGGAGAAAUAAAAUAAAAAUAAUCACAGAUUUCCCAAAAAUGGGAGAGUCGAAAUCUUCUUUUGUGUUAAAUUAAUUUCUUAUCAAUUGGUUGGGGGAAGGUGAAACCUUUACUUUCCUUCCCAUGGGUUUUGGCAACUCUUGGGUAACACUGAUUUCAUUUGCUGCAGCUUUAGAAAAUCUCAUCGGUAUUUUUGUUGGAGCCUUUAUUUAUCGCAUUGGGAGGAGUGAGUUUGGAAUGAGUUUUCUUCCUGUUUGAGGGCCAAUUAUGAAUAUUUUAUAUUUGCUCCAGUUUGUGAAAUUUGGGAUUAUUUUUUAUUUCUCUUUCUUUAGUAUAUUUAGUCUGAUUUAUCUACUCCUGUUUCUGAGGC